AUGGUGCCGGUGACCUACGUCGUGGGGGUCGGGUUGGCGACGCCUAAGAGGAUGGUGUACCUGGGGGACGAUUUCGAGGCAACGCCCGGCGUGGACGUUGGGGACAGCGACGGCCUGGUCAACCUGGCGAGCCUGGUCGCCGUGGAGCCGGAGUGGAGGCGUCGUGGUCCUUAUUUUAGGAUGGUCAAGGUGGCCAACGUGAAUCACACGGCCAUUCUGGUUGAUGAUCGUGCGCUUGGGAUUGUCCUGAGAGAAAUUCGACGAGCUAAUUAG